AUGUCCUUACGGAAAGACUUCUCCUCUCUCCGGAAGCAGCGAUAUAGUGGGACCCUGCCCAGAAACCUGUUGAUUGGGCCCGUGCAUAAGAUUGUCAUACCUACAGACGAUGUAAACGCUGGGGCGCUUUAUGUCAUGCACCCUUCUAAUCCGUCAGAGAUGGUGCGGUCUCAGGAUGUUAGAACCUGCUUUUUCCUUCCCAUAGCCAUUCUAGAUAGCGGGCUAGGCGAAGUUUCGAAAAUAUCCUUGGGUGUUUCCAAAGUCGACUACAACCUCAACCUCAUCGAGGCCUCGACUGAGGGGAAAAUUCGUCUACGAGUCUCUACUACUGAAGAAUACAUCUAUUUUGUCAAGGGGAAAGCAUUCUUAGACAAGAUGGCCAUUCCUAAAGAUGCGAUUCGAAAAAUUGCAUGCAACGAAGACUGCCUGAAGCUUUUGAUCGUGCUUGAAAAACGAUUCGGGUUUUUCUUUGUGGAAUUCACCAAGCCUUAUGCGAAAUUCAUUGAGUUUUUGGCUUCAUGGCUCGAUGAUAAGCUUAAAGUUCUUCCAGAAGAAGACGUGAUAAGCCUUCAUGAUUUGUGCAUCAAGCGACGCCAAGAUCUUCAGAAGGAUCCACAACUAUAUGAGGUUGUAACAAGUGACCCUACUAGCGAAAACGUUAAGGAGGAUUCGGACAAUAUCCUUCGAAACGGGCUACCAGCAGAGCUAAAUGACCCUAAUAUUGCUACGCAGAAGGUCUAUAUGGGACGAAAGACGAGGGCAGUGACAAAAUUGCUCCAAGAGGACCCCGAGAUGCUGUUUCAAGCAGAUAAUACUGGUGAAUUCGAUGAAGAUGACAAUCUGGCAGACGAGGAUGAGCCAGUAAUUCAAGAAACUCCAGCCCCUUUUGACCCCCCGUUAAAGCAUACAUUGGCCAAUGGCAAAAAAUUUAUAGUUGCAUUCAAUGACUUCAAAACGUUAUAUAAUAACGAUUGGAUCAAUGACACACUCAUUGAUUUCUUUAUUGCAUAUGAGAUCGACAAAGCGGUCAAUGAGUUCAAACUGGUUGAUGAAUCUAAUGUCUAUGCAUUCAAUUCCUUUUUCUUCACCAAACUAAUGUCGAAAGCAGAAGACCAGGAGGUACCUGACUAUUACGAGAACAUAAAAAGAUGGCUCAGUAAGGUUGAUCUUAUGAGCUAUGAAGCGAUAAUCAUGCCUAUUAACGAGCAUUUGCAUUGGUAUUGUUGUAUCAUAAAAAAUCUACCGAAGUUACUACGUUAUGCGAAACGGGCACAGAAACGGAAAGCAAGAGGCUUGGAAAAUGAGAAGGACUCACCACAUAACCUGGAAAUUGUGGCAGAAAUAUUCGUGUUUGAUUCUUUGCGCCAAACACACCCGAAUAUCGUCUCACCCUUGAAGACGCUAAUUGCUGAGUAUUGCAGGGAUAAACACGGUGUGGAGAUUGAUACUGACUCCAUUCGCAUGGUUACUGCGAGAGUGCCAAGACAGAGGAAUUUCAAUGACUGUGGUAUUCAUGUGAUCUAUAAUGUCAGGAAGUGGUUGAGGGAACCAUCUGUAUGUGAAAGGAUGUGGAAGAAGUUUGCAAAGAACCAGAAGAACUACUUCAGUGGAUCAGAGAGGAGUGGAUUACGCAAGACAUUCAUUGAUAUACUUCUUGAUCUCCACCUGAAACAACCAUCUCUGAGUGAAGAUGCUUCUGCCGCUCUGCCAGAUGAACACGAAUCGGACGAUGAAAUUGAAUUGAUAUCGUAUCAUUCAUCGAAACCGGAAGAAGCACCACCUAAAGAUGCCAAUGAAACCAAUUCUCAGGAGGCAGAAAGUAACGACAAACCCCAAGACUCACCUUCUUCUACCCCAAAUGGAGCUAAUAAAGAAACCUUAAUGAGGAAGUCAAGUUCCGAACAACUUGGCAUAGAGUCGUCGGCGAAGAAAAAAGUUAAAUGUAUAGAGGCGGUGGAGAAAUCACCAGUGGCUAACACCAUUCGAACUUUAGAUCCUCGAGUGGUUGGUACUGAGAUUCCACAAACUGAUUCGUUCGAAAGUAAUGAAGGUGGAAUAGUUUAUCAAAUUGAACAUCCUCAAAUCCGCAGGCUUUGCAUGAAAAUGCGUCUCAAGCCACACACAAUCAAGUUUCUCAAUGAGUUCUUUGAAGAUCAUUCUAAAGCAUACAACGAGGACAAGCAGAAGACUAUACUGGAAUUUGUUUCCAACUAUAAUUACUUCAAUCCCCAAAUUGAAGUAAAACAAUGCGAGCUUCUUAUUAAGAGAUUCAAAGAGACACUACAAGGGCCAAUGGCACCUGUUGAUGAACCAUUUGUCAUUGAAGAAGUUGAAGAGAGUGGCGAAGAGCUCAAUCGGAGCGUGAGUGAUCUUAGAAUCUCUAGUGAUGAACCGAAGCGGCGGAAAGGAAACACAGAGAGAAGUACUCCAGAAGCCACCAAGAGGUUUAUGCGAGAAACUGAUGUCAAACAAUGCUCCCCACGUUUGAAAGAAAGAAGUCCCAAAACUGAUGCUAGCCCAAGUUUGUCUGAUGCAGCGGUUGAUAUAUUGGAAGACGAAGUACAAAUCGUGCUGGAGAAAGCAUAUACUUCUCCAGGAAGACAAAUGCGGCUGCGUCUUUCUCGGAGGCCCAAAAAUUUGAUUCAACUGAAUUUGGAAAAACUACAGGGCAAACUGCAGACAUUUAUGAGCAUCAAAGGGACAGCUAGUCCACCCAGGAAAAACACAGUUGUGACUGUCCCGGACGAUGAAAGUAAACUACAAGAUAAAGAUGGGAAUGGGAGAACAAAUUCAACAAGGGACAAAGUCAAUACGCGGUCCGAAUUGCUAGGGCCGAAAAGGAGACGGGUUCAGUCAUCAAAUGAGCCUUUGUAA